AUGGCCGAGACCACCCUCGCAAACAGCAACAGCGACACCACCACCACCACCACCACCACCAGCCCCGCCAUCGCGAUCGCGGCUGACCCCAAAUCCGCACAGCCAGAACAACCCUACCAGCCAUACAUGGACGUGCAACCGCCCACGACCGCCCACCUCAGCGACGCCAACGGCAUGCCUCUGAGCGAGAAGGAGAUCGAGGCGCUGGAGAGCGAAGAGAAGGCCGAGCGCGAGGCCACUCCAGAACCCAGCGACUUUAGCAUCGCCUUCCCCGACCACCUGCCCACCCCGCCAUUCUUGCAUGUCCAGGGCGUGCCGAAUUUCAGGGAGCUGGGGGGAUAUCCCUGUCAGCCGCCCUCGUCGUCGCAGCCGCCUCCUUCCAAGACGUAUGUCUUGAAGAAGAAUCUUCUCUACCGCUGUGCUCACCCCACGCACUUGACUCCCACCGGCGCUUCCUACCUCACCACCACCCUCAAUGUGCACGACAUGUACGACCUGCGUUCCGCGCCAGAGAUCAACCGGCUCGCGGGCACCGUCGCCUCCAGUGGGAAGAGCGUCUAUCCGCUGGCGAGUCCGGUGUCGGGGUGUAUCGACGAGGUUCCGGGCCUAAACCGGCAUUUUGUUCCAGUCUACCAGACCGAAGACUACGGCCCCGUCGCCCUCGCAACCAAGUUGGCGUGGUAUACUGCCGAACACUCGCACGACGAGGAAGCAGGCUACGCUUACUCGGACGGGUUUGUGAAGGCGUAUCGAGACAUCGCCACACACGGUGUGGGCGCCUACAGAAUCAUGUUCAAGCAUCUCCUGGAGAGGCCUAACGAGCCCUUGGUUUUCCACUGCACGGCCGGCAAAGACCGCACGGGGGUGUUUGGGGCGCUGGUGAUGAAACUCGUCGGCGUAGACGAGGACAUGAUCUGUUGGGAGUACGCCCUCACCGAGCCAGGCCUAGGCGGGUGGCGGAACGAGUUUAUCGAGCGAAUCGCCCAGACCGGUCUCGGCGGCGGAGGCGGCAAGCCCCAGCACCAGCAGCAGGUUGUCACGGGCGAGAGAGAGCACGGACGGCCGGUGAUUUCACGAGAAGAAGCCGCCCGCAUCUGCGGCAGUCGCGCAGGCAACAUGCGCGCCUUCCUGCGGACCGUGCUGGAGGGCGAGUUUGGCGGCGUCAAUGCGUACUUGACCCGCAUGUGUGGCUUCAGCCAGGACGAGGUGGCGCGCCUGAGGGAGAAUCUCGUCGAGAUGGUCGACGAUGCCCCGGGCCAGGUCAUGACCAUGGUCGAGAUUGACGGAUGGUCUGCCGAAGGGGGCUGUGUGGAUUGA